UUUAACAACAUAUUUAUGUCAUGCCAUCGUUUCUAUGGUAACUAUCGAUCGCAUAACUUGUGAUACUUGUGUCUUUCGUGUCUUGAUUUUAUCCGUGAAAGAAUGUUUGAAAGUCAAUUGCUCCUGUCAAAAGAAUAUUGAAAAAAUGCCUUACAUUGCAAACGCAAGCAAAUGAUUAUUUCAGUCAGACAAUGAAUAAAGCGUUUAUUGAGUUCAGACAUCUUAAUAACGUUACGUCAUAAGUGACCCGUGCUGUGAAAUAAUUAGAGGAUUACUUUUGCCGCUGAGUUUAUUUUGAAAAACAAAAGCUUUGAUAGAAAUAACAACAUCCUAUCUGUUGGCUUGGUAAAAGGAAUAGGGGAAUAAAAAUGUACUAUAGCUCAUAUGCUAAAUACCCUACAACCGAUGGACCUAAACUAAACAGAGGAACUGUCAUGUUAGCAUCAGCAAAAGAGGGUUUAUAUCAUCCUCGUUUGCCGACAUUUCGUCGUAUGGAUAUGGAUACAGUUUCCCAGAAAUUGCCAUUCGAGCAUAGUAGAACUACAACAAACCUUACUGCAGACGAUUUUCAACAUGCUGCGGUUAUGUUAUUUGAUAAAACAAGAAAACCUCUUUCAGAGCAGACCAUCGCGGAGUCCAUUGACAAUGACCCGGAGUCAUCGACAGGAAAAAAUCCGCAAGCUCUGACAUCUCUCGCAGAAACAGAACAAAAUUCUUCCACAAGUAAGCAAAGCCAAAGACCGUACUCUAAUCUGGCUGUUGGAAACGAUUUGAGAAGAAUGCAUCCAGACAAACUCGGUGAACUUUUUCCUGCAUUUCGUCGAGAACCUGAUGAAACCUCGUUUUCUAAAAGAUAUAAAUUUCAGUACACACCAUUUUGUAUGUCUCCGGGGCAGAAACAUUUCGUGGACUGGACUGGAAGAAGGCCAAUCCCUGCGAACACAUACAGUCGAUAUCGAGACGCCCAUCCUGUUUAUAGUGAGAAUAUUUCUUCAAAAUCCUGGAAGCCUUGAACUCGUCCUUCGACUUAACGUUUUUAGUACUUAACAAAUGAUUGAUAAUUUUUUUAACGAGUUUGCUUGCCUUUAUCUUACGUGUCUUCCAAAUUAAAUCGUGUGCAUUUAAA